AUGGGUCAAAUCAAACAUGACUUGCAAGAUUUGGUUGCCUUCCACUAUUUAGAAGCAAAUCAACCUCCUCCUCAUUCUCCAGGAGCGAAUUGUCUCUAUGCUCACAUCGACAUGGACUGCUAUUUCGUUCAAGUCGCUCUCUUAACGCGUCCCGAACUUCGCGACCGUCCCUGUGCGGUCGCUAGCAGUGAUAGUCCCCAUAGCGAAGUGAGUUCGUGCAAUUAUGUGGCUCGUUCGCGUGGAGUUACUAAAGGAGUGUGGAUGGGUCGAGCCAAAGAACUCUGCCCCGAUUUGGUGAUUCUUCCUUAUGAAUCGGAUCGGAUUCGCGAAAUCUCGCGGAAGGUGGUUUCGAUCGUGUUGGAAGUAACGCCCUUGAUCGAAAUUGGGAGCUGCGACGAGCUGUACUGCGACCUCUCCGUUUUUCUGGGCGAGGGAUCGUUUAUGAGCAAGCUGGAGUGGAUCAAGUCGUUUUUGUUGUUUGUUUGGCACUGUAGAAAGCAAAUCGAAACGCAAACUGGCUGUUCCUGCUCGAUUGGCGCUGGCCACAAUCUCUUAAUGAGUCGAAUUGCCACGAAGUUAGCCAAACCCAACGGGAUCGUGUAUAUUCCGAUGAACGAAUCCAAGAAUCGACUCGAUGAGAGCGGUGUGGAGAUUCUCCCGGGAGUCGGCCAUGUUUUGAAAUCGCAGCUUUCCGAUAUCGGAAUUCGAACCUGUCAAGAGUUGCGAGUCUGCGAUCGAAAGGAGCUGCUGACUCGCACCGUCGGUCCCAAAACAGCGAGCACUCUCAUCCAGUUCGCCAAUGGAGUCGAUUCUCGCCUGCUCUCCGUGGUCUCCGAACUCAAAAGUGUGAGCAUUCAGCUGUCCUACGGCGUUCGCUGCUCCAACCGAAACGACGUUCUCCGCUAUCUCCGCUCGCUGUGUUCUCUCCUCGCCGACAAAGCGGCCGCGCGCAAGGUCCAGGGCAGCAAGCUCGUUCUGAAGCUCUAUAAGAAGAUCUCCGGCUCCACGACGGUCAAGCAUUUGGGUCACGGACCCGUCGAUAUUCUGAGGUUCCCCUUUUCCUUUCUCCAUUCUCGCUAG